GAGCCAAUGGAGUCUGAGGCCAAGGCAGGCAAGCAAAGGGUGGGCGGCCUUUCCUUCCCAGCAUCCUGGGGGCCUGGAGGAAGAGGAGGAGCCCUGGCCUUAAUCCCCCAGGAAGGAGGGAAGGGGCCAUUGGUUCAUCAUCAUCACCCUGCUUUCCCUCCCUCGUCUCGCCUUGCCAUGGCUGCCUCCGGCUGCAGAUGAGCCAAGCGGGGCAGCAUCCCUGCUUUUGACCCAGAGGGCAUGUGGGUGGUGUGAAUUCGCACUCAGAUCCCAAGGCUGCAGAAGUUUAUUUUCUAGUGGGAUUGUGAAAGUGUGUAACUGUGAAUGACUUCAUCUUCCAGCUGAGGAAAAAAAAUAUCUGUUAAACAUAGAGUUCCCUGGCACACUAAUAACCUUCCAGUGAAGGGAUGAGGUUUUAUCAUACCUGCAAGCUACCUGGAAGAAUUAUGGGGAUCCGGCUACUUCACUUUUCCUCUGUUGUGAUCCUUUUGUUGCUUCUGGUGGCGGGUGCCUUAACUGCUUUGCUGCCAAAUAUUAAGGAAGAUAAAAUGCUUACCCUGCGAAGGGAAAGAAAAUCCCAGAGCCAGCCUGCCUCAGACUCAUUUACUCUCAUUAUGCAGACAUACAAUAGAACCGAUUUGCUCUUGAAGCUUUUGAAUCAUUAUCAAGCUGUCCCUCAUUUGCACAAAGUGAUUGUCAUAUGGAAUAAUGUUGGGGAGAAAACACCUGAGGAAACCUGGAACUCCCUGGGGCCACAUCCUAUCCCAGUUAUCUUCAAAGUGCAAACAGCGAAUCGCAUGAGGAACAGGCUUCAGGUUUUCCCUGAGUUGGAAACAAAAGCUGUUUUGAUGAUGGAUGAUGAUACCCUAGUUAGUGCCUAUGACCUAGUUUUCACUUUCUCCAUUUGGCAGCAAUUUCCAGAUCAAAUAGUGGGAUUUGUUCCUAGAAAGCAUGUACCCAGUCCUUCAGGGAUAUACAGCUAUGGAAGCUUUGAACUGCAGAGUCCUGCCAUCGGAAGUGGGGAUCAGUAUUCAAUGAUUCUAAUCGGAGCAGCUUUCUUCAACAGUGAAUACCUAGAACUCUUUCAAAAACAGCCUGAAGCUGUUCACGCCAUGAUAGAUGAAACUCAAAAUUGUGAUGAUAUUGCCAUGAACUUCCUAGUGGCCAAACAUACUGGGAGGCCCUCAGGCAUCUUUGUAAAGCCAGUAGAUAUCAGAAAUUUAGAAAAAGAGAGUAACACUGGCUAUUCCGGAAUGUGGCAUCGGCCUGAACACUUGCUCCAGAGGUCUUACUGCUUAAACAAAUUGGUUAAUAUCUAUGGUAACAUGCCCUUAAAAUACUCUAAUGUAAUGAUUUCCCAGUUUGGUUUCCCAAACUAUGCAAAUCACAAGAAUAAAAUGUAGAAAUGUACUGCAAGGUAAUGCUUCAACUUGCUUCCCAGCAAACAAAGCAGAGAAGUAAGUAAGGGAUCUGUAGGCUGUACAUUAUUUGGAGCUUGCUUCCGCAAAAGCUCUUUGGGGAUGUGAGGUCUGGGUAAAGUGUUCCAUCUCUGUGCUCAGCAUGCAAAAGCGUCUUCAGUUGGCUUUGUCACUCAUCCCCAUUUCAGUCAAACUAACGUACUUGCAUGAAGACAAAAUGUCCCUGAAAUGCAGGUGCAUUCACAUGAUCAGUGUUGCUAAUACAUCUCCUGCCAAAAAAGAUGAACACCAACAAAAAUAUUUAGUACUAGCCCACUGAUCUGUGUGUAUUGAUGUAAGUUACUUGUGACUUGAAAGAAGAACCACCUUUAAAAUAACAUUUUCCCUUGCAGUUCAUAAUUAAUACUGACAAUUUAGCUGACUACAAGCCUACAUGACACUUCAUUCAUGGUAAGUUCUGCCAAUAUCACUUUAAUUUAACCCAUUGGAAAUAAGAAAGAAAGGAUCUUGAGAGUAUUUAGGAGCUGUGACUACAUAUGCAGUGAAAUCAUUCUCCCUGC